GACGUUUCACUCUGCCCACAUUUAGCCCGGCCCAGACGUUUCACUCUGCCCACAUUGAGUCCGGCCCAGACGUUUUACUCUGCCCACAUUGAGUCAAGUCUACACACUGAACUACACACCGAACUAGUGUCUACACACUGCCUCUGCCUCGAACUACACACUGCCUCUCAACCAAGCCACACUUGGCUGCCACGUCAUCUCUUGCCCCGUCACUGCAUAAACAGAAAAGAUGGCCGCCUCCGUCCGGGAAAAGCAGGCAGCUGCAUUGAAGCGCAUGUUGAAUUUCAACACUUCUCCGUUGAAAAACACUGCUGCCGAGCCGGUAUGGAAGGUGCUGAUCUAUGACAGGUUUGGCCAGGACAUAAUCUCCCCUCUACUGGCGGUCAAAGAACUACGGGACAUGGGAAUCACUUUGCACUUGUUGCUUCAUUCAGACAGAGAUCCCAUCCCGGAUGUGCCAGCCAUCUAUUUUGUUAUGCCGACAGAGGAGAACAUUGACCGGAUAUGCCAAGACCUUCGUAACCAGCUAUAUGAGUCAUACUAUUUGAACUUCAUCUCAGCCAUAUCCAGAAGUAAACUAGAGGAUAUUGCUAGUGCAGCUCUCUCAGCCAACGCCGUCACCCAGGUUACCAAGGUGUUUGAUCAGUAUUUGAAUUUCAUCACACUCGAAGAUGAUAUGUUUAUCCUCUGUAAUCAAAAUAAAGAGCUCAUCUCCUACCAUGCGAUUAACAAACCGGACAUCAUGGACACAGAGAUGGAGGCCAUCAUGGAUACGAUUGUAGACAGCCUUUUCUGCUUCUUUGUCACUCUGGGUGCUGUCCCCAUAAUCCGCUGUCCAAGAGGGAAUGCUGCGGAGAUGGUCGCGGUGAAACUUGACAAGAAACUGAGGGAGAACCUGCGAGACGCCAGAAACAGCCUGUUCACUGGAGACAAUAUGGGGGCCGGCCAGUUCAGCUUCCAGAGACCCCUAUUUGUUCUCACUGACCGCAACCUGGAUCUUGCCACCCCUCUCCACCACACAUGGACCUACCAGGCCCUCAUCCACGAUGUGCUGGACUUCCACCUGAACAGGGUCAGUAUGGACGAGUCUGUGGGGUCAGAAGCUUCCCCUUCCGGAGCCAGACCCAAGAAGAAAAAUAAGAAGAGUUAUGACCUCACAGCCGCAGACAAAUUCUGGCAGAAACACAAGGGCAGCCCGUUCCCGGAGGUGGCUGAGUCUGUACAGGAGGAGUUAGACACGUACCGAGCCCAGGAGGACGAGGUCAAACGCCUCAAGAGCAUCAUGGGGUUGGAGGGUGAGGAUGAGGGAGCCAUUAGUAGUAUUAGUAUGUCAGACAACACCGCAAAGCUUACCUCAGCUGUCAGCUCCCUACCAGAGCUUCUGGAGAAGAAGAGGCUGAUUGACCUCCACACUAACGUAGCCACCGCCGUUCUGGAUCACAUUAAGAGCCGUAAACUGGACGUGUACUUUGAGUACGAGGAGAAGCUGAUGAGCAAAUCCACCCUGGAAAAGUCUUUACUGGACAUCAUCAGUGACCCUGACGCGGGAACACCAGAGGACAAGAUGAGACUGUUUCUGAUUUUCUACAUCACAGCCCUGCAACCCCCUUCAGAGAGUGAUCUGGACCAAUACAAGAAGGCUCUUCUAGAAACUGGCUGCGACCUGUCCUCUCUCAACUACAUCAAGCAGUGGAAGGCUUUCACAAAGAUUGCUGCCACACCAUCUAACUAUGGGAACAGCGGUGUGAAACCUAUGGGCCUCUUCUCUAGAGUGAUGAACUCUGGCUCCCAGUUUGUCAUGGAGGGGGUGAAACACCUGGUGCUUAAACAGCAUAACCUGCCAGUCACGCGUAUCCUGGACAACCUGAUGGAGAUGAAGUCCAAUCCGGAGACGGAUGACUACAGAUACUUUGAUCCCAAGAUGCUGCGCGGCAGUGAGAGCUCAACCCCAAGGAACAAGAACCCGUUUCAAGAGGCUAUCGUCUUUGUGGUCGGAGGAGGAAACUACAUAGAAUAUCAAAACCUGGUGGACUACACAAAGGCAAAGCCAGGGAAGAGGGUGCUGUACGGAUGCAGUGAGCUCUUCAAUGCAGGGCAGUUCAUCAAACAGCUAUCCUCACUCGGCCAAAAGUAAAAGCAAGAAAACAUAUGAACACUUUCUUUUCUUCGAUUCCAUUUCUCCUAAAUACUCACAACUGCAAUCAAGACCUCUCUAAUCAUUGAUGAUCGUUUUAAGUUCCUCUAGAUCCUGUCUCUCGCUCGCUCGCUCUCUCUCGCUCUCUCUCUCUCUCUCUCUCUCUCUCUGAUAUUCCAUGUGUUUUAUAAUGUGUACCAUACUUACAUUGUUUGUUUAAAGGCCCAUUCCAGUCAAAAA